AUGCUCAGCUCCGGCGAGCAGCGGAGGAGCAAAAAGAGCAAGUUCCACCGCGUCAGGGCGCAGGUUCUCAAGUCCAAGAACCAGUCUUUGCGCCGGGCUGAUGGCUACGGGGAACCUGCGGAUAAAAUCCCGAGAAAGGAUUUGCCUUGUUCGGCCGCGCCGUCGCUGCCGGACGUCGCUGCCGGACGCCGAGGCGGUCGCGUUCUGGCUACCGCUUAUGUGAGGUUCGACGAGGCUGCUAAUGCUAGGAAGGUGUUCGACGGAAUGCGCGAGAGGAGCGUCGUGUCGUGGACGGCAAUGAUGAACGGGUAUCAGAAGCUUGGCCGCCACGGUGAGGUUGUGAGGCUUUUGAUGGAUAUGCUGGCCGCUGGCGUCCAUGGUAACAGCUUGACUUUUGUUUGCCUGUUGAAAUCUUGUGGGGAGCGAUGUGAUGCCAGGUUGGGGCAACAGGUCCACUGUUGCGUUGUGAAGGGUGGCUGGAGCAAUAUGAUAGUUGAUAGUGCCGUCGCACACUUCUAUGCUCAGUGUGGUGAUGUUGCCGCUGCUUCAACUGUAUUUGAUAGGAUGGCUUCCCGCGAUAUUGUAUCAUGGACAACAAUGAUCACGGCUUAUGUGCAGCAUGGGCAUGGUGACAAAGCUCUUCACAUGUUUCCAACAAUGGUGUCUGAGGGAUUCCGCCCCAACGAGUUCACUGUUUGCAGCGCCCUCAAGGCUUGCGCAGAGGAGAAGGCUCUAAGAUUCGGGAAGCAGUUGCAUAGUGCGAUUGUGAAGAGGCUGUACAAAUAUGAUAUCCAUGUUGGGAGCGCACUUGUCACUUUGUAUGCCAGAUGUGGUGAGAUGAAGAUGCGCAGAGUAUUUGUUAACCACCUCACUGUUGCUGGCCUCCUUAGUGCUUGUGGCUCUAUGCAAUGUGGGGAACAUACUUAUGCUGCAAGAAUUCUAGGAGCGAUGCCUGACCGUGAUGCUGUCGCAUGGACAGCUAUGAUUUCUGGCUAUAACAAUCUUGGCCAUAAUGUUGAAGCGCUGAAAUCAUUAGAUGAGAUGUUAUGGGACGGUGUGGCACCAAAUACUUACACUUAUUCCUCAGCUUUGAGAGCUUGUGCCAGAUUGGAGGCUCUGCGAGAUGGAAGGAGGAUCCAUGGUGUUGUUAACAAGACCGAAGCUUUCUCAAAUGUCUGUGGGAUGCUCACUGAUUGA